UGAGAAAACCAAAACCAACCAACACGACACUCUUAAAAAGUAUUAAAGUACUAGGAUUAGGGACAAGAAGGAAGAACCACCUCAUUGUUUCCCUUCUCUUGAGAAGAUAAAAAAAAAAGGUUUAUAUUAUACUUUUUUUAACAGGGAAGGAAUAUUACUCGGAAGAAACUAGAAACAUGGAAGGAAAAAUGGGACUCUUGUUCCUUGUCAUGUUGUGUUCUGCCUGGGCUUGUGGUGCAAGAGAAUUGCCAAACUCGGCGAAUUCUGAAUUGAGUAAAAAACAAGAUGUGUGUACACUUUGUGCGGAAUAUGCUGCCAAGGCACUUGAAUAUCUAAACCAAAACAAGACUCAGAGUGAGAUCAUUGAAAUCCUUCACAACACUUGCACCCAGCUUCACUCUUUCGAGCGCAAGUGUGUCACUUUGGUGGAUUAUUAUGCUCCACUUUUCUUUUCCGAAAUAGCUACAAUUAGUCCCGGAGAAUUCUGCCACAAGGUCAACCUCUGCGAACGCACUGCGAAAAUUUCACUACAAAUUCAAGAAAAUAGCUGCGACUUUUGCGAAGAUGCUAUGUCAGCUCUAUUGGCUAAGCUGAAAGAUCCUGACACUGAGCUGGAAGUCAUUGAGACGUUGCUGAAGGUAUGCGAUACGGUCGACAAGUAUGCGAAUAAGUGCAAGAGGAUGGUUUUCGAGUAUGGACCAUUGAUUUUCAACAAUGCUCAGAAGUUCUUGGAGAAAACAGAUGUAUGCACUGCAUUACAUGCUUGCAAGGAUGAUAUAGCAGUUAGCCACAAAGCCCUUCUUUCUGACUCCUAAAUUCUUAUUGAAAAAAAGAGUGUUCUUCUGAAUUUGUGGUGUUCUUAUUAGGGGAAAGAUUGCUAUUAACCCUUCAUAAGCGAGAGAGCCAGAGUUUAAAUUUGAUGCAUUGUCGCUGUUAAGCAAAGUUUGUUACAUUGUUACUCUACUUUCAAUAUAGUAGUUUGUCAUAGUUAACUAUCUCAAAUGAUUUAAUAAUUUGUGCUUACAUGGUGGAGUCUCAAAAGUAAAACAUUAUAUGUUGUAUUUAAAUUUAUGGAAAUUAAAAUCUUUCUUGCCUUCAA